AUGGAACAUUCAAAGGACGUUGUAUCAUCUGAAAUGUUGCCUCCACCUCCGCCAGUUUUGCCGGCCAAUGUGGUGCCACUGACGGCAAACCGUGUACCAAUGGCUCGACGUGGUCUUGCUUCAAGAGGAACCAAAAUUCAGUUGCAGACCAACCAUUUUAAAGUUAGAUUGCAGAACACAAAGGAGGACUUCUAUCACUACAGUGUUGCCAUGACGUACGAGGAUGGUACACAAGUUGAUGCAAAGAAUGUAGGAAGGAGAGUACUCGAAAAGGUCCAUGAGGUGUAUUCUUCUUCUGAUUUCAAUGGUAAAUAUUUUGCGUAUGACGGUGAGAAGAGUUUGUUUACUAUUGGUUCUCUACCACGUAAAAAACUCGAGUUCACUGUUAUCAUGGAUGAUGUGUCGUCAAACAGGAGACUGGAAAGUGGAAGCCUCGGAGGAGAAGGAAGCCCAAUUGAGGGUGAUAAGAAGAGGUCUCGUGGAUUUUCUCGUUCUAAAACAUACAAGGUUGCAAUAAAUUUUGCUGCCAAAAUUCCAAUUCAAGCGAUUGCAAAUGCCCUGAGAGGAAUAGAGACUGAGCAUUUUCAAGAAGCUGUGAGAGUGCUGGAUAUCAUACUGCGACAGAAUGCGGCUAAACAGGGUUGCCUUCUAGUCAGGCAAUCUUUUUUUCACAAUCAUCCAAGAAACUUUGUGGAGAUAGGGGGUGGUGUCGUUGGAUGCCGAGGAUUUCAUUCGAGUUUCAGGGCCACCCAGGGAGGUCUUUCUCUCAACGUUGACGUAUCCACUACAAUGCUUGUUAAACCUGGACCAGUCAUAAAAUUUCUUCUUGACAAUCAGAACGUCAGCCAUCCUGAUAAGAUUAACUGGAUCCAGGCUAAAAAGACCCUGAAGAACCUUAGAGUUAAGGCUGCAAACUCUAAUUUAGAAUAUAAAAUCACUGGAUUGAGUGAAGAGAUAUGCGGCAAGCAAAAGUUCGCCAUGAAACUAAGAAAUGGAAAGGAGGGGGAUCCCGAAUCUGUAGAAGUGACAGUUUUCAAGUAUUUUGUUGAACAUCGGGAUAUAAAAUUAGAGUAUUCUGAAGCCUAUCCAUGUAUCAAUGUUGGGAAACCGAAGCGACCCACUUACAUUCCAAUUGAGCUCUGUGAAUUGGUUUCCUUACAACGUUAUACGAGAGCUCUGUCCGGUCAGCAAAAAGCUUCCCUUGUUGAAAAAUCCCGUCAGAAGCCACAAGAACGGAAGACAGCUUUGUCUCAAGCACUUGGUACAAGCAAUUACAAUGCUGACCCUCUUCUUUCGUCUUCUGGAAUUUCUAUUAAUGGAGAGUUCACCACAGUUCAAGGUCGCGUCUUGGCACCCCCCAAGUUGACAGUGGGUAAAAAUGAGAACUUCAUCCCUCGCAAUGGAAGGUGGAACUUUAACAACAAGACAUUGGUUGAUCCUAAGAACAUUGAACGCUGGUGCAUUGUAAACUUCAAUGCUCGCUGUGAUUUGCAAAAUUUGUCUCGUAGUCUAAUCAGAUGUGGUCAAAUGAAAGGAAUUACGAUUAGUGAACCCUUUAAAGUGUUUCAAGAGCGUCGUGAGCUUUCAAAUAGACCGCCUUCUUUUAGGGUGGAGAAGAUGAUUGAGGAGAUACAGUCAAAUCUUCCAGGAGCGCCUCAGUUUCUCCUCUGCCUUCUCCCUGAGAGAAAAAACUCUAAACUCUAUGGGCCAUGGAAGAAGAGGAAUCUUUCGGAUCUUGGGGUAGUUACUCAGUGCAUUUCACCUCAGAGGGUGAAUGAUCAGUACCUCACUAAUGUACUCUUGAAGAUAAAUGCCAAGUUGGGUGGUAUUAAUUCCCUGUUAGCUAUUGAAAAUUCUCAUUCCAUACCCACGAUUUCAGAAGUUCCAACCCUUAUUGUUGGAAUGGAUGUAUCCCAUGGAUCGGCUACUCGUCCCGAUCUUCCCUCAAUUGCUGCGGUUGUUAGUUCAAGACAAUGGCCCCUGAUUUCUCGUUAUCGUGCUGCUGUUCGUACUCAGUCACCAAAACUUGAAAUGAUAGAUUCCUUGUUUAAGCCAGUGGAAUUUACGAAGGAUCAGAAAGUGGAGACAGUGGAUCAGGGUAUUUUCAGGGAGCUGUUAAUGGACUUCUACCAAAGUUCUGAAGGAAAGAAACCCGAGCACAUAAUUAUUUUCAGGGAUGGAGUGAGCGAGUCUCAAUUCAAUCAAGUUUUGAACAUUGAGCUGGAUCAAAUUCUUGAGGCUUGCAAGUUUCUCGAUGCACAAUGGUUCCCCAAGUUCACAGUUGUUGUAGCACAAAAGAAUCACCACACCAAAUUUUUCCAAGCCAAUUCUCCAGACAAUGUCCCACCUGGGACUGUGAUUGACAGUGGAAUUUGUCAUGCGAAGAACAAUGACUUCUACAUGUGUGCUCAUGCGGGAAUGAUUGGAACAACUCGGCCUACUCACUAUCACGUGUUACACGAUGAGAUUGGCUUCUCUGCGGAUGAUUUACAGGAGCUAGUUCAUUCUCUGUCAUAUGUGUACCAAAGGAGCACUACUGCCAUCUCUAUAGUUGCUCCAAUAUGUUAUGCCCACUUAGCGGCAAGUCAGAUGUCCCAAUUCAUAAAGUUUGAGGAACAAUCUGAGCAGUCAUCUGGCCAUGGAGGAUUGUCGGCAGUGCCCGAGUUACCCAAACUGCAUAGACAUGUCAGCAGUUCUAUGUUCUUUUGUUAA